AUGACUGAUACCCACCAACCUACUAUGCAAGACCAGCCCGAGCUCUCUGCGCAAGAGCAGCGAGCCCAACUCGAGGACUUGAUCGCACGAGCCGCCGCGAAAGAUGCGACUAAAGAUCACAACGCAGCUUCCGAGCUGUACUCUCAAGCUACCGAGCUGCAGGCCGAACUCAACGGCGAACUAUCCCCAGAAAAUGCCGACUUGCUCUAUGCCUACGGAAAAUCACUGUACAACGUGGCAGUGAGCAAAAGUGAUGUGCUGGGAUCCAAGGUAGCUGGCGAGCCUCAGCCGGUAUCUAGCAACCCUCCAACAAAAGCUUCGUCUUCUGCUGGGUCUAAAUCCACUGGUGAACAUAUCGUCAAAGAUGCGAUUACCAAUUCGAAAACUCAGGGCUCGCCAUCAAACCAGGCCACAAGCAAAGAGUCAGAACCCGCUGGAUCCAAGCCGCUUUUCCAAUUUACCGGAGACGAAAACUUUGUUGACUCCGAUUCGGAGGAUGAGGAAGAUGGCGAGCAAGCUGACGAGGAGGAUGACGACGAUUUUGCCAACGCCUUUGAAGUUCUCGAUCUGGCUCGUGUUCUGUACCUCAAAAAGUUGAGUGCUGCCGAGGAAAAUGACGAAGGCAAAGGCAAAUCUACAGCUAUUUCUACGGAUACCAAACAUAUCAAGGAACGACUUGCCGAUACACACGAUCUUCAGGCCGAAAUCUCCUUGGAGGCCGAAAGAUUUAGUGACGCAGUUGCCGAUCUGAGAACUGUUCUCGAACUGAGGAAUUCGCUAUAUUCACUUGAAGAUCCUUCAGUCGCAGAGUGCCACUACAAGCUCUCUCUCGCCCUGGAGUUCGCGUCUGUUCAACAAGGAGGUGAGGAAGAAAGCGGUGUAAACGUAAACGAGAAGAACAAGGUUGAUAAAGAGAUGAGAAAGGAGGCUGCCACCCAGAUGGAGCUUGCGAUCCAAAGUUGCAAGGUCAGAAUGGCCCAAGAAGAAAAGAAGCUUGGGGCCGACACAGACUUGGAUGAGGACAAAGCAACUGCGACAAAGAGGAAGAUCGCCAAUGUUAAAGAGAUCAUUGCUGAUAUGGAGCAACGGCUUGUUGAUCUGCUUCGGCCGCCUGUGUCUGUCGAACAAAACGAUCAAGCCAAUGAAGCUAUGCUGAAAGGUAUCCUGGGCCAGAUUGUCGGCCAGUCAGCAACCGAUCAGAAGGCGCAGCUUGAAGCGGCGAGCAAAGGAGCGACAGAUUUGUCUGCCUUGGUCAAGCGGAAGCCCGCAAAACAUGAUUCUGCCACAAAGAGGCCUGCUGAAGAGCCUGCGGCCGAUAAUGGCUCGAAACGGUCCCGCGUCGAUGAUACCUCUUCUUGA